UUGUACUUUAAAAUAUGCCCAGUGCAGACGAGCGCCUUAUUGUCACUCAUUGAGGUUUGGGAGAACGCCAAACGAGCUCAACCUGCUUCAUUGUAGCCCACCAUGCCCACCAAGAAUAACCCCGAGGCCCGCAUCGGUCGUUUCAAGAACAAGGGGAAGGACCUGACCAAACUUCGAGAAAAGAGGUUAUCGGAAUGUGUGGAGUUGCGCAAAACUCAAAAGAAUGAGCGCUUGAUGAAGAGAAGACACAUAACGUUGUCCUCUCUUCCCGACGAUGAUGCGCUUUCUCCGACAACUAUCUCCGAUGACAAGGUUCGCACUUUAAGCAUCGAGGAAAUUCUUAACGAUGUCAACUCUAACUGCAAGGAUGCUCAAAUUCGUGGAUGCCAGGCUGCUAGAAAACUACUUUCCCAAGAGUGUAACCCUCCACUGCAAGAGAUCAUAGACGCUGGUCUCCUUACCCGCUUUGUGCUCUUCCUGAGUAUGGAGGAUGAGCCCAAUCUGCAGUUUGAGGCCGCUUGGGCGCUGACCAACAUCGCCUCUGGAACAUCUUGGCAUACAAAGCAGGUGGUAGAUCAUGGCACUGUACCCUGCUUCAUUUCUCUGUUGGCGUCGCCACAUUUGCACAUCAGUGAACAAGCUGUAUGGGCCCUUGGGAACAUUGCAGGUGAUGGUCCAAAUUAUAGAGAUUUCCUCAUUGAAUGUAACGUGAUCCCUGCCUUACUGGCACGGGUCUCUCCAGAAACCCCUGUUGGUUAUCUACGCAACCUUACAUGGACAUUGUCAAACUUGUGCAGGAAUAAAAACCCAUUUCCACCCUUGUCUGCGGUCCAACAGGUCCUUCCUACACUGAUCCAGUUUCUCCACCUUGGAGACAAGGACAUCUUGUCAGAUGCAUGCUGGGCAAUCUCCUACCUGACAGACGGUAACAAUGAUCGUAUUGCUAUUGUGGUCAGAACAGGUAUAGUCCACCGGCUAGUGGAGCUCAUGGGCCACAAGGAGCUGAGUGUCAUGACGCCUGCCCUUCGUGCCAUCGGGAACAUAGUGAGUGGCUCAGAUCUGCAGACGCAGGCUGCUAUCGAUGCUGGUGUUCUUGACGUACUUCCUCGCCUCAUGAGCCACCCGAAGGCCAAUAUCCAGAAGGAAGCGGCAUGGGCCUUAUCAAACAUUGCAGCUGGGCCAUGUGCGCAAAUCCAACAGCUCCUCACAUGUGGCCUACUCCCACCUUUGGUAGAACUACUUAGAAAUGGAGAUUUCAAGACUCAAAGGGAGGCAGUGUGGGCAGUGACAAACUUCACCAGUGGGGGCACUGUGGAGCAGGUGGUUCAAUUGGUGCAUAGUGGGGCACUUGAGGCAAUAAUCAACCUUCUGCAAGUAAAAGAUGCCAAAAUCAUUCUGGUCAUACUAGAUGCCAUCAACAACAUUUUUAUGGCCGCAGAGAAGCUCGGUGAGACUGAGAAACUCGGCCUGCUAAUUGAAGAGCUGGGAGGACUUGAUCGUAUUGAAAGUCUCCAGAACCAUGAAAACGAGAUGGUGUACCAGGCAGCACAUAACAUCAUGGAAAAGUAUUUUGUCGACGGUGAGAUGGAGGGGAUAAAGGUCGAUGCCCCAAGGACAGAAGAUCCUUUUGUAUUCCAGAGCCCUGAUACCGUCAAAAGAUUUGAAUUUUAGACUACUGGAAUGUUCUACGAGAUGAG